AUGUCAACCGAAGCUGAGCUACGCAAGCUCGACAGGCAGAUUGCCGAGUUGAUGCACUUAAAGGCAGAAGUACAAGCGAAAUUAGAGAAAGAAGCCGGAUCGUUACGUACAAAACAGAUGAGCGCCGAGGUGGUGGAUAGCAAUCCGUACAGUCGUCUUAUGGCACUUAAACGGAUGGGAAUUGUCAAUAAUUACGAAAAAAUCCGUGAUCUUUCUGUGCUUAUCGUUGGACUUGGAGGUAUUGGCUCAGUAGCUGCUGAGAUGCUCACACGAUGCGGUAUUGGCAAACUCAUUAUGUAUGACUAUGAUACGGUGGAGAUCGCCAAUAUGAAUCGCUUGUUCUUUCGUCCUGAACAGGCUGGAUUGACGAAAACAGCGGCUGCUAAGCAAACGCUGCAUAGUAUUAAUCCCGAUGUUAUUUUUGAGGAAUAUACAGUCGACAUCACUACUACUGCCAACUUUGAGCAGCUAUUAGAUCGCAUUCAACAUGGUGGAGUGGACAAUACGAGUAAAGUUGACUUGGUUUUAAGCUGUGUUGAUAAUUAUGCAGCUCGUACUGCACUAAAUCAAGCGUGUAACGAGCUUAAUCAAGCUUGGAUGGAGUCAGGAGUCUCGGAAGACGCUGUUUCGGGUCAUAUUCAGCUUUUAUUACCUGGACGCACAGCUUGUUUCGAGUGUUUACCACCACUAAUUGUUGCAAGUGGUAUUGACGAGUCAACACUCAAGCGCGAAGGAGUGUGUGCAGCGUCGUUACCAACUACUAUGGGUCUUGUAGCAGCAAUGCUCGUGCAAAAUGUAUUAAAGUACUUAUUGCACUUUGGACAAGUCUCUUACUAUUUAGGUUACAGUGCAAUGAAAGACUUUUUUCCAUCGGAUAUCAUGCGUCCAAAUCCUGAGUGCUCCAAUGCUCAUUGUCGAAAACAACAAGCAAUUCCAGAGCAUCAAGAGUGGCGUCCAAUGGUUUGGAAAGCAUUGGGUCAUGAUGGUCAAGAAAAUAUGAUAGUGGAGCAUCAAGAUAAUGAAUGGGGAAUUGAGCUUGAAAAUGAUGUUUCUGAAUCAUGCGAUGAAGCUGAGACGACAAAAUUGACAUCCGGUCUUUCAUUUGCGUACGAUCAAACAGAGGAGAAAAGUUCGAUCAAAGACCAAUCAAACUCAGUCGCGGAGGUAGAUGUGAGUCUUGAAGAACUUAUGAAUCAACUUAAAAAGUUGUAG